AUACGAAUUUCACCGGAAGCGAAGGAAUUUUUUUUCCUUUCGGGUAUCUUGAUUGAUGUCCCUUACCGGAAGCAGACUUGUUUGAACGUAGAGAAGUUGUAUGUUGUUGUUUCGCAGCAGAGCAAGAUGAGUGUGUUGAAUCAUACGAAUCACGCGGCCGUCGAGGCACUAUGUGCUGGUACCUAUUUAGAGAGUUACUUAGAUACUAUGGAAUCUCUCCCAGAUGAUCUGCAGCGCAAUGUCACGAUGUUGCGCGAGCUGGACAUUCAAGCUAAAGAAUACUUGCAAGAUCUUGAGCAACAUUGCACACUGUUCUUGCAAGGAACGGGUACAGAUGGAGGAGCACCCAGAAAAAAAAGCUUUAUCAGUACACACAGAGCUCUUGUCAAAUGUCAAGAGAUUGGUGAUGAAAAGUUGGCUCUCCUUUCAGUCAUAACAGAACAUAUUGAAAAUCGCACACGUUUGUUGGAGCAGACUAGGGAAAACCUUGAGCCAGGCUCCACACGAGAGCAGGAGAAGGAAGAAGUAGUUGUUGUGCGUAAAGAAGUUAAGCAGCCUGAGCCAGAAAGAAUAGAGAAGCCAGGUGCCAAACGCCAGCGUCGGCAGAAAGCAGGGGAACCUCCACAAGAGGAUACAAAGCAGGAAGAGAAAGACAAAGGAACAAGUUCCAAGAAAAAGAAAAAGCGCAAGACUGUGAAGAAAGAGCGAGAUGAUUCAGCGCUUGAAUUUGUUAUCGACCCUAAUGAACCUACUUACUGUGUGUGUAAUCAGGUUUCCUAUGGAGAGAUGAUUGGUUGUGACAAUAAUGACUGUAAACUGGAGUGGUUCCAUUUUAACUGUGUUGGACUUACAACAAAACCCAAAGGAAAAUGGUAUUGUCCAGAUUGUAGAGGAGACAAGCCUACUGUGAAAAAGACUGAUAAAUGAUCAGUCCACAAAUAUACAUAUGUUUGUAGAUAGGUGAGAGAGUGUGUGUAGUCUAUGCUUUCCUUCUCUGUCUGUCUUCCAUCAGUCAGACAAUCUGUGUGUGUGUGUGGGGGGUGUUUGUGUGUGUGCGCACUUGCAUGCAUGUGCAUUUGUUAGAGACAGAGUUUUGUGUGAAUAUGAUGGAGUGAGAAUGAGCAAGAUUAAUGUGUACCUGUGUUCAAUUUUUUUAAAACUCAUGGAAGGCUUUAUUAACAUUAAAUACAAUUAAGAUUUUAUUGGAUAUGUCUUAUAGUCCAGCCACUUCAAAAAUGUUAAUGCUUAAUCAUUAAAUAACCAUUACCUAAUUACUUUUACAUUAAGAGGACAGUAAAAUUAGUUUUCUACAUCUGCAAAAUUUGUUAGAUCACUCGAAGGUGCUAAAAAUGUUCAGAUUAUUUUAUUACUGAAGUACUUUAGGCUACAAGCUGUAAAAUGUUUGUAAAAGUCCUUCCUCUUUUUCUAAAUUUCAAGAUGGGGUAGCAUUGUUUCUUUUGUGGAUGUCCUGUGUGUUUAAAACAAGGAAUUUCAAGAUUUAAGAGAACCAAGCUACUUUUAAAAAAAGUCUUUGAAAAGUGUUCAUAUACAUCAUGCCAGGGAGGGGUGAACAUUUCAGUUUAAUAUGUAUUCAUACAUAAAGUAAAAAAUGAAAAAAUGAAAUACUUAAACUUUGCCAAGCAAAUUAAAAUUGAAGCCUCCUGCUGACACCAAUUUAUUAUGAUUUAUAUGAAACUUUUCAUCGACAGAUGAUGAAUGUAAUGAGUGUAUGCUUCCUAGAAGUUAUUGAGUGCUUCACACAGUCAUUAAUCUAUACCACAUCAGUAGAUUACAUACCACCAGACAUAUUUGUUCACAUUAUAGUAUUGAGUGGUUGUGUCUGUGACAUUGUUGGACUUGUUAGAAUGUCAGAGAAUGAGAUGUAAUGCUGGUAUUCAUAAUAAAAUAUAUACUGACAUGUUCACUUUUUGCUCCGUUAUCAUCAUUCUUUACUGCUUAUUCUGUUACCAUUUAUUGUGACAAUACCGAUUUUACAAUUGUAAAUGUGGAGAGUAAAGAUGUUUUACUCUUUAUCUUUAAA